AAUCUUAUUCUUCGUUUAACCAACAAAACAAAAGAAAUAUGUCUUCGAACAAGAUUGUGUUGACUAGCUCCGAUGAUGAAUCUUUCGAGGUUGACGAAGCGGUGGCUCGUAAAUCGCAGAUCAUAGCGCACAUGAUCGAUGAAGAUUGCGCCGAUAAAGCAAUCCUGCUUCAAAACAUCACUGGAAAGAUCCUCGCUAUCAUUAUCGAGUAUUGCAAGAAACACGUUGAUGAUGUUGAUAGUGAAGCAAAGAAUGAGCUCGUGAUGACUUGGGACGCAGAGUUCAUGAAAAACAUUGAUAUGGAAACAGUCUUCAAACUCCUUAACGCUGCUGACUAUCUCAACGUCAAAGGUCUUCUUGAUCUCACUAGCAACACCAUUGCAGAUUACAUCAAAGAUAAGAAGGUAGAGGAAAUACGAGAAAUCUUUAACAUCGAGAACGAUUAUACACCUGAGGAAGAAGAAGAGCUUCGCAAGCAGAAAGCAUGGGCAUUUAAGGAUCAAAAUUAAAACCCUAAAGUUUCGUUUUCUAAGUGUUGAUCUCGAUGUUCUUUAAUCUUUGUUGAUGACUUAGCUUUUGUCUCUUUCUUUAAUUGUGUGAUUGCCUUCGUCUCUUUGAUUUCAUGGUUUGUGGCCGGUUCCUUUUGAAAUUCAUGGUGUUAUAAUGUGAUUUAUGAUUAUAUUUUUGGCCUGCUUCGACUGCUCAAGUUUAUUAA